AAACGCGCGUUCCCCGUCACCCGGCUCACUCACUCACACUUAGUGCAGCCCUGCAGCAGCAGCAGCUCGCAGCAGCAGCAGGGACCCCGUAGCGCCGCAGAGCCCUCUCACCGCGGCGAGACCCCUAACCACCGACAAAAGCACGACAAGAAAGUCAACACGAACUGCUUGCAAACUCCUAACAACUAACCCUCGACGCGGACCGUGUCGCUAUUCGCGUAACGGUCCUAAACUUAUUUUUGUUUCGUACAAAGUUCCGGAAGUUUUUUCUCCCUUUUUUGUUAUUUUUUUCUUAGAAUCAUUAUUAUCAUCGCCGGUAGUGUCCUUUCAAGUGCAGCUUGUUGCUAUUGUUAAUUUAUUCACCAGUGCCGGACUCCGAUCGCGCUGGCUUAAAGUGGAGGCAGAAGACUCGACUCGAGUAGCGAUGAGUAGAGCUACCUGUGCGCUCUGGGCGGCACUGCUGAGCGGCACCCUUCUCUGCAGCACGGUGCAGGUCGUGAGAGCGGAGACGAGUGCAGAACCGCUGGCCGCUUUGGACGCGAGGCUGCACAGGUACGAGGUGGUCACGCCCGUGGCCACGGACUCGAGUGGAAGGUUCGUGUCCCGGGUCGUGUCCUCCCGGCACGGGCAGGGCCCUGACUCCGAUGGCAGCGCGCACCGCCGCGCGGCACGGAGCCUCCCCGGGGACGGAGACAACGCCCCGCCCCCCCGCGAGGCCCCCCGCGAGGACCCCGACGCGCGCCGCUACUUCAACGUGACCGUGUCAGGUCGCGUGUUGCAGCUGAGCGUGCGCCCCGUGGGCUGGCGGCUGCUGUCUCCGGGCGCCACCCUGCAGUGGCAGGAGGACUUCGCCGAAAGCCGGAGAGAGGCUCUGGCCGGACGGGAUUGCGUGCACCGCGGCACCGUGAACGGGGUCCCCGGCGCCACGGUCGCGCUCAGCAACUGCGAUGGCCUGGCAGGGCUCAUCCGCCUCCCCGACGAAGAGUACUUCAUCGAGCCUCUGGAGGUCGGGGGUCACGCUGACGAGCACUCGCAAGAAGGCCGAAGCCACGUUGUCUACCGCAGGUCGGCCGUCAAGCGCUCCGACUCAAUGACGCCCGAAUCGGGCACACACAGCGACUUUGGGCCGGUGGAGUUGGCGGUGACGGCGAACGCCGUGGAGGAGCAACUGAAGGAGAGCGUGCAGCAGCAGCAGCAGCGCCGCCGUAGCAGACGUGGAUCCAAGAAGGACGAGUACAACAUGGAGGUGAUGCUGGCCGUGGAUGACUCGGUGGUGCGUUUCCACGGCAAGGAGCACGUGCAAAACUACCUGCUCACCCUCAUGAACAUCGUGGAUGAGAUUUACCACGACGAGUCCCUUGGCGUUCAGAUCAACGUGGUCCUCGUGAGGCUCAUCCUGCUCGGAUACAGACAGUCCAUCGGUCUGAUCGAGCGGGGGAACCCGUCGCGCAGCCUCGAGCAGGUGUGCCGCUGGGCCCACACGCAGCAGCGCACCGACCCCGCCCACCCGGAGCACCACGACCACGUCGUCUUCCUCACGCGCCAGGACUUUGGGCCGGCCGGCAUGCAAGGCUACGCGCCCGUGACGGGCAUGUGUCACCCGCUUCGGAGCUGCACCCUGAACCACGAGGACGGCUUCUCGUCCGCCUUCGUGCUGGCCCACGAGACUGGCCACGUCCUGGGCAUGGAGCACGACGGGCAGGGCAACCGCUGUGGGGACGAGACGAGCAUGGGCAGCAUCAUGGCGCCCCUGGUGCGUGCCGCGUUCCACCGCUACCACUGGUCCCGGUGCAGCCGCCAAGAGCUCGCCAGAUACAUUCACUCGUACGACUGUCUGCUGGACGAUCCGUUCGACCACGGCUGGCCCAAGCUGCCCGAGCUGCCCGGCAUCAACUACUCCAUGGACGAGCAGUGCCGCUUUGACUUCGGCGUCGGAUACAAGACGUGCAAUGCCUUCCGCACGUUCGACCCGUGCAAGCAGCUGUGGUGCAGCCACCCCGACAACCCCUACUUCUGCAAGACGAAAAAGGGCCCUCCGCUGGACGGGACUGAGUGCGGGACCAGCAAGUGGUGCUUCAAGGGCCACUGCAUGUGGAAGAGCAGCGAGCAGCUGGCAGGGGAGGACGGGAACUGGGGUCCGUGGAGCAAGUUCGGCGCGUGCUCGCGCACGUGCGGGACGGGCGUGCGCUACCGCACACGCUCGUGCCACAGCCCCGCUCCGGCGUACGGAGGCCGCGGGUGCAUGGGCCCGGCUUUCGAGUACCAGCUGUGCAACACGGACGAGUGCGUCCCUCACGAGGAUUUCCGAGCGCAGCAGUGUGCCACUCGCAACUCCCACCACACCCACCGCAGCACCAAGCACCACUGGCUGCCCUACGAGCACCCUGAACUGGCCAAAAAAUGUGAGCUGAUGUGCCAGUCGAAAGAUUCGGGGGAUGUGGUGCACAUGAACCAGGCGCUGCACGACGGGACGCUGUGCUCCUACACCGACCCAUACUCCGUCUGCGUUCGGGGAGAGUGUGUGAAGGUGGGCUGUGACAAGGAGGUGGGCUCGAGCAAGCUGGAGGACAAGUGCGGGGUGUGCGUUGGCGACAACUCUCACUGCCGCACCGUCAAGGGCACCAUCACCAAGACUCCCAAGAAACUCGGGUUCAUGAAGAUGUUCGACAUCCCGGCUGGCGCACGGCAUUUGCACGUUUACGAAGAUGAGCCCACCAUGCACAACAUGGUGGUCAAGAACCAGGUGACGGGACUGUUUGUCCUGUCGGGAAGAGGGGACGAGACUCGGCUGCCCAGACCCUUCGUGGACAUGUCUCUGCUCUGGGACUACAGCCGCUCAGAGGAGGAUGGGCGCGAGAGCCUGCAGACCCAGGGACCCCUUCCCGAUGCCAUCACCGUUCUGAUCAACCCCUACGACUACGACACCAAGGUGAGCGUCACGUAUCGGUACAUCAUCCACGAGGACCUGCUGCCGAUCGUGGGCAGCACCGGAAACAACGUCCUCCUGGAGGAGAUGGACAACUACGAGUGGGCGCUCAAGAGCUGGUCGCAGUGCUCGCAGCGCUGCGGUGGAGGCCUGCAGUUCACCAAGUACGGCUGCCGGAGGAAGAGCGACCAGAGGAUGGUGCAUCGAAGCUUCUGCAGCGUCGACAAAAAACCCAAGCCCAUCCGCCGGCGCUGCAACCAGCACGAGUGCAUCAAACCGAGCUGGGUGGUGGAGCAAUGGGAGGCCUGCACCAAGCCCUGCGGUGCCCAGGGCUUCCAGAGCCGUACAGUGCGCUGCCUCCAGGCCCUCAGCGACAACACGAACCGCUCGAUCCACCACAAGUACUGCCCCGGGGCCAAGCCGGACUUGCGACGUCCGUGCAACCGCAUACCUUGCCCUGGGAGCUGGAGAACGGGAGCCUGGUCUGAGUGCUCGGCCACGUGUGGGGAGGGCGUGCAGCAGCGACAGGUGCUGUGCCGCGCGCUCGAGGAGGACGGCGACGUCGCGUGCGACGGCGAGCAGCCCGACGCCGCGCAGAAGUGCACCAUGGCGCCCUGCGUCGAUCCAAGUGAUCAUGUUCACCUUCGAGUAAACUGGCUCGCCCGGCCCGACCUGGAGCCUGCCAUGACAAAACGCUCCUCAAAGGAGCCUUGCUUAGGCGACAAGUCCAUCUUCUGUCAGAUGGAGGUGCUGGUGCGUUACUGCCCCAUCCCCGGCUACAACAAGCUCUGCUGCGAGUCGUGCAACAGGCGGGCGGCGGGAACGCUCGUACCGCCUUCCUCCGACACUUACGCCCUCGCGGAACCCGGCCUGGGCGGCGUCGCCGAGGAUGCCCACGCCACCGCCGCCGCCGUCGCCGUGUCGGCGGCGGCGAUGCCCACGGAGUGGCCGGCGCGGCCUGACGUCGCGCCCACUGCCCGCCUGGAGCCGCCCCACUUUGAGAUCGUCGGUUCGGCGGCCGCAAGGAGGGCAGUGGCUUUUUCUGUGGUUGGCGACGACGACGACGACGGCGACGACGACGACGAAGGAAGGGAAAGGGAAGUCGGCGACGGGCGGCCCUGGGGGCGCCGGGCCUCGGCGGAGAGCGGCGAGGCUCGCGGGGGGAGGCGCGAGGAGCCCCCCGUUGGGGUGCGUGGGGAGGACCGGCAGCCACAAGCUGGCGAGGCCGCACGGGACCCGCUCGCAUUUCACAAGGUCGCCAGGAGGGCUGGCGAGGGGGCCUCCUCGGAUGUUGUGAAAUCCAACGCGUUUGACGACUUGUCUUCAGAGGAUGACGAGGUACACGAGGAGGAAUCUGGAAUACUGCUGAUGAGAUGAUCAGAAGAUUGUUUUAUUGGUAAAACCUUCUGCAGAAACUUUGCACACUCCAGAAACCCACUGUAAUGGCAAUUAUUUUAACAGGCAACUGUAACGUUUAACACGGUAACAAACAUCGUUGGACGAUGAGCGGAUAAUAUUCUCUCGCCUAGUGAUUGCCUCAGUCCUUGUGAGUGUGGUGUGGUUACCUAAAGUUAUCCAGGUGUGAAGCGUAGAGCUGACAACGUGUUUGAUUUCACACAGCACUUAACUGCUUGACUGAUUUAGACUUAACACAGCGGAGAAAACUUUUGAAACUACAAAGUUGGAUGUAUUAACAUUUUUAUUUUAAGAGUUUGAUUAACAUCAGAAAUGAAGGGUUGACAGACGGUCAGUUAUCUGACUGGACACUGCAGAUCUUAGAUACUUAUUAGGACUUAAGAAAAUGGUGCUGUGGCCACCUUUCUCUACGGUGCUAGGCAAGAUGCGAAGUCUUGCUUCUCUCGGAGAACGUCACAUAUCAUCUCAGCUGGGCGAGUAGCAUCGCGCGGGGCCAUGCAGCGUUCGGGGGGGAGUGCCAGUGAUUGUUGAGACGACAACAACGCCGCUGAGCCGUUCUGGUACUCGGGGUUGCCUGCCACCUGAGUUGUGUGGAACGGCUGGCCGAGAACAUUCGCAACAAAAAGUGUUUUACUUAAAUAUGUGCGUGGUUGAGAAGACCGAAGCACGCUAUUAAACGAUAUUAUUAUUAUUAGGACUAGCUUAUUAACAAACAACAUGGGUUGUACUCCAGGCCAGUACUUGUGCUUACAAUUCUAAUUCGCCGUUUCACUCCAAAGACUUUGUUGCCUCCUUAGUGGCGAGGCUAGUUUGAUCCAUGUCAGAGAAAGCAGAUGUGUUUUUGUUUUUCUAGAUUUGUUUUGUAAUAUAAAAACAUAUUAAAGGAAAUAACGUCCAACUUAGAUAGUGUACUAUUAUGUUGGUUUACGUUCCAGAAUUUACUAUGGUAUCUGGUAGAAAAAAAAAUGCAUAACAAUUACAAACACCGACAACCUCAUGUUUUAUGAGCGGCUAUUGAGUUUGUCUUUUUAACUUUUUGCGUUUUUACGCACGUCUAGUUGUGUUUAAAUGAUUAACCUGACAACUGGAGUCAAGGGAAUUGACUCGACAGGAAGAAAAUCGUACUUUUUCACGAGAGAUUUUAUAAACCGUGCAUAGCUUUCCGUUAGUUAUUUCACUCCUACUGAAACGCCGUUGACAAACGUCAACUAAUGUUGCCAAGGUGCCAUCGUUAUUAUUCGUGCUUGCAUUACGGCUAAAAUACUGACACGGUAAAUUAUUCAGUCACGUAUAUUUCUGCUCAGGAUAAAUUUUGAAUUCCACAGGAUAUCAAUCACCAACCACUAGCCUCUACGCUACCCAGAUGCAUCCGAUUCAGACCGGCAGCUCUUUCAUAAACGGUGCAAGUAGGGCAUGCCAUACGAACGGCUGCUUAAUGUAAAUAUCAACAUGGGAGUCCCAGCAUUACUACUUUAAAUCUUAACUCAAAGGUUUUCAAAUUUCACCUGACCUCCAAAUACUGGCCUGCGUUAGCGUGCACAGUAAUAGAUGAACGAGGCAUGCGCCCACACGAAACCACGAGUUUGUGUUGUUGCAAAAACCCUGAUUUGUGUGGCUGUUUAAGGGUGACCGACUACGGUUUGGUUUGAUAGGGGUCACUGCUCGCGUUGACCCCGAGGGUUAACGCAUGGGUGCAGUCGGUCGACUGCACGACAUUAAACCCACCCGUUAGUCGUGAUGUCCCAGAGCCAUGAAGUUCUCUGCGUGCACAGUGUUACGUCAAAUUUAUUUUCAAAAGAGGUGAUUGAAAGAAUAUAUCUUAAAAAGAAUCAAGGAAAAUGAAAACAAAGGUCAAUUUGAAUGAAUAUCUUCCAAGCGUAAAAACAAAACAGCGUCUAUUGUAAAUAUUGUAAAUGUUAAGUAUUUGCUAUAAAACACAGUGUUUAAAGAGAACUAUGAUAACUCUCAAAAGGGCUUGACUUUAGAUAGGUAUGAUGUCUAUAUUGCGAGUGCCCGACGGGCUGCAGGUGUGAAGGGAAGUCGACUGAAUGAGCGCACCCACAUGCAAUAACACGCACACGCGCACACACUUGUGUGACUGCAGCGGUAUUUAUUUAAGCAACUUAAAACAAAACAGUGUAUCACGUACGAUAGAGGUCAAUGGUGCAGGUCAAAGCACUUGGAUGGUUUUCAUAAUUUGCUGUUUAUGUUUAUUAUUAACUUUAUAAACUUGUAUUUAGAGAUAAUGCAAUAUACCUCAAACAGUAAGACCCAGGUCACUGCAGAUUAACCAAGGUCAUGUGCUUGAUUGACCCUGUGCCACUCAUCGACAGGGCUCUCUAGUCAUGACUGUAAUAUUCAUUGUGUUUGAACUUCAGAUUAACAUGGGAGAAAUGUCUGUUCGUUUAUAAAAACAGCCAUUAUAUUUGAAUCUAGAGAAUUAAGUCGUUUGUUGGUGUUUGGUAAUAAUUUCAAGUAGCAAUAUAAUACUUUUAACAUGUUCACUGGCAGGGGCACGCCAAGUUUGGUUACAGGAUUUAAGACUUGCGUGGAAUGCUAGAUUCAAAUAUGAACUUCAACACGCUUUUUAUGUUAGUACUAAAUCGUAUAACGUAUGUAUCCCCUAUACACCAUGCUUAGUUUGUCCAUUGUUGGAUCGUAUUAACGCUUUAUAAAUCCAGGGUGGGGCACCCGGUUCGCUCCCGUCUCUCCGGCUAGUACUGAGACGAUGAAAAGUGCCGUCUCUGCUCGCGGGGGGUGCCCAUUCCAUCCAAUAACGGCGGCGGGGGGGGAGCAUAAAAUAACCUUUUUAGCGUUAGCUCGGAAAAAUCCUGAAGCGGACAAGACGAGUGGCUUGCUCUCGGAGCCCCUCACCGCGUUCGCCAGUGGGGUUGGUCUCGUCACGAGCCAAGAUGUGGUAACGGUGGCAUUAAACUAACACAAAUCUGUGAAUAGCAUCGUAUGCUAGGAGGUACUGUCCCACUGUUCACAAACGACCAGCUUUCAGAAGCAUGAAACGAGUAAUAAAAUUGUAUGUUGCCCGAGCGUGCGUUCCUUAUCCUCCACGUGUGUUCGUGAUCGCUGGGAAAACGUGACGGCGAGCAUGCACGGUUGUUCACGCAACUCAAAGAACAUUUGUCAAGGAGAUGUUUGCGUGUGAGAAUCUUUCAUCGUGUGUUUAUUUCAAAUAAACAUUUUACAAAUGACACACUUGAUGACAAAUCGAGGACAAACAACAGUAAAUGCUAGGUGCACAGACACAAAUAUCCUAUAAAAUGUAAUAGAACUCUAUUAACAGAACCAAGGUAGAAUUUCCAUCGGAAAUAGUUAUAUUCACAUACAAACGUACCAGAUGUAUUGCAGCAUUUCAAACAUGAAAAAAUACGCGUUUAAAAAAAAAGUUAUACUCGUAAAAUCACAUUUAAACAUACAUACGGUAUAUAAAAAUUUCUCUACACAAAGAAUAAACAUUUGUGAUGGAUCAUCACAUGGUGGUGCUCUAGUUUGUGUGAGAAGCCACGUGCAGACAAUUGCCACUGCUCCACCGCGAUUAUCAAUUCAUAUAUUACGGAACUCCUUUUAUCCGAGACUCCUAUUACCCACGGCCCUAUUCUUCCUAAUAUCCGUGACUUCCCAUGUGUCUGCAAAAUGGCAUCCCAUUAUCCGCCAUAUUUUCACAGGUCAUGCAUUGUAUAAUCCAUGAUUUUGUAUUAUUUUUAGUUAUUUUUACUUGCUGCGAUCAAAGUGCACAGGCAGCCCACUUGCUUUGAACACGCUGCAUGAGACAACACACAGACACGAAUACACUCACAGAUACAUGGAGAUACACGGAUGGAGACAGAGAGAGACACAGAGGCAAAGAAAGACAUGGAGAUACAAACACACAAAACAAUGAGAUACGAAGAGACACGGAGACAGAGAGACAAGGAGACACACAGACGAGGAAACACAAGACACAAAGAUGCGCACUAAAACAGACCCAUAGAGACAUUGAGAAACAAAGACACGGAUACCGAGAGAGGUGACACAGACACUGAAAGACACAGAGACGUAGACAUGAAGACAGAGAAACGGAGGCAUAGAGAGACAAAGAGAUACACAUGAAGACAGAGGAACUGUAACACACAUGAUGAUAGGGACAGGGAAAGGUGCUGUACAAAGACGGAGGCAGUGACAUACGCACAGGCACACGAGACAUCUUUGAAGACACGUACAGAUCAACCCCUCCACAGCCACUGAAGCACGACCGGCGUUAUCACGGAUAAGAGGAGUCGAUGCUGCAAUUUGAUCCGCGGGUUAGACACGUUCUUACUCUACAGACAAGAGGAGUAAACUGCGAAUAAUCCGCCAGUCCCACUCUCCAGGCCCCACACAUUACCAUGGAUAACAGGAGUUGUAUGUCGGCCUUGAAUUAAAUCAUUCGGAUUAAUAGCGCGUGCACAAUUCGCGUAGUGAGUUGCUCACACAGGACAUCUGUGCAAGACAUCGUAUGUCGAACAACAGUUUUAAAUCCACUGCAACUUGACAUACAGGUGGAGGGCCCACGUGCGGAUCAUUUUAAAUGUAACGCUUGCACUACAUAAAUGCAUUUAUUUG